AAUGGUCACUCUCACCCUCAUUAAUAGAAGAAGAGGAAGAAUACAUACCUCAAACACCACAUGAAACCUCUAGUUUGACUUCUACUUCCUAUGAACUUUAUAAAUUUGAAGGAUCUUUCAGAAGUAGUAGUACAGAGUAUUUAACGCAGCAUCUUCAUAAUAAAUAUCAAAUUACUACAAGAAAUUAUAAAGAUUUUCUUAAUUCUGAAAAACAACCAAAAGUAAAAGUUAAUCAAAUCACAAAUUAUAUAAAUACACUUUCACCUAAACGACAAAAAGAAUUUACAAAAUAUGUUGUAGAGUUUAUUAUACGUUGGAAUUCAUCUUAUUUGGCUUGGAAAAGAAUUUUAGAGUUGUAUCCAGCAAUGCAUAUGUUAGCUGCAUCAUUGCAAAGUAAAUUAGAUUCUGUUUCAAAAAAAAAAGCCGAAAAACUCGAUCAACUGUGUUUGACUUCUGAUGAAAAAAAAGAAAAACUGGAUGAUUCAAAUACAGUAAAGUAUUUACUCCCCACAAACUGUGAUGGACUUUUAGAAAAAAUAUGUGCUGUAAUUUAUUUGUCUCUCGAUGAAUUAUGGGACAUUCCUGCUGAAAUUGGAUUAAAGGCAUCACAAGUUCAUGCAGAAUUAUUAGCAUUAAAAGCAAAACUAGUUAGCCAAAAUUAUAGUAAUGCAGAAAGUGUAUCAAGGACUAUAGAGGAGAAUUGCGAUUCUUUUAGUGCUGAGUUAUGGAGUUCGUAUUCGGCAACUACUUCACUUACAACAACUGAGGAUAAACUAGAAAGAUACUUAAGAGAGCAAAUUGCACAUAAACACCAAAACCCUUUAAUAUGA